AUGAGCGCUCGAAAAAAUGCAAGUUCAAGGCAGGCAACGUGGUUAGCCUUUGGCUUGGUGGCGCUCGCUGCAUUCUCUGCCUCAGCCCAGCCUCAAACCGAUAAUAUAGAGAGCACCCAGUCAGAGCUGGAGUUCAGUGUGCAACAAAAUGCCCAAGUCCCAAAUGACGUAGCAACUGUAUAUUUGGAACCAGAUUUCGACCAGGAUGCAGAGGCGACAAGGGCGUACAAGUCUGCUCUAUUCACACUUUCUAACCUCACCGCACAUCUGCCAUCUCAUACACACAACAUAUUUUCCAGACCAACUACCACAACAUCUUCUCUUCUCUCUGUGCUCCUUCCCAAUCCACAAGGCCAAGGCCCUCUAGGAAGUGCAAUCCAUAUAGCACUAAAACUUCGUCAACAAUUCUUUCUUUUCCAUCUGUUCGGUGGACCCAGUGGGAGUGCUGCGAGGAGAAGGGAUGAGGAGAUGCGUGGAAAGGCAAUAAAGGUGGUGGAUCUGCUGCAACAUUCUGCGGAACUGGAUGCGCUUUUUAUGUUUGGGUAUAUAUCUCUCUUCCCUCCGAGCUCCCAUUUUCCGUCCGACCUUAAACUUGCAUAUGAUUUGCUGUUGCACCACGCUGCACUGACAGGCAACGCUUCCUCGCAAGCUCUUCUCGCCUUCUUCCAUGCAACAGGUUACUCAGAUGUCGUUCCCAUCGACCAAGCCCAAGCAUUAUUAUAUUAUACAUUUGCUGCUCAGGGUGCACAAAUGGCUCUGGGGUAUCGGUACUCGAGCGGUAUUAGCACAGUUGAAGACUGCGGAUGGGUAGUCGAAUGGUACGAGGCUGCUGCAGAUGAAGCGAUGUCGAUGUUCCUGUCUGGUCCCCCUGGUGGCCAGACCCUUCCGCAGACUGCAAUGCGGUUGUCUGAUUUAGAUGGGGGUGUGUUCGGGCUGGGCACCAGUGUUGCAUCUACCGGCUUGAACGUUAUUAAGCCCGCUGUCAAGGCUGGCUUAGCACAGACUGCUGGCAAGACGUGGGACGACAUUCUUGAGUACUACAUCGUGCAUUUUUUUCAUCUACUAUGUCACUUGUGA